CCCAGCAUGCCGGGGAGUGGCUGGCAGAGCCAGACUGUUUUCUUUAGGACUGGGGCUGAGCAGAGGGCUUCAGUGGACGCCAGUGAGGGGCUGAGGAGUCACUGACCUGAGGGCUGAAAGCUGAGGAGAAAGGGCACAGUGAAGGAGGUUUUAGGCUAGAGUCAUGAGGGUGGGAGCAGCAGCCUUGGCUGGGGGGAUUUUUGGGGCGGUAGCGACCCUGUGUUUCUUCCUGGCCUUUGGUACAGACUACUGGCUGGUGGCCAGUGACAACUGUGGACCAUAUACACUGCCAACGCAAACAACCCUGACAGGGGAAAAAGAUGCCAAUGGGACUGAGAUCCAGUUGGACGUUCCUCCUCCGUCUCACACCCUCCACCAUGAGGGUUUCUUCUGGCGCUGUGUGUUUCAGGUGGAGCCCACAACACAUGCAGUCCUGGCCACUCUCUUCACAAACCAGCCAGAGUCCAAGGUGUGUAUCCAUGGUUACCUCUUCCCUCUGCCUGUUGCACUUGGACCAGUGCCUCAUCCAAGUUAUGAUGCUACAGCAGUGUUUCGGGGUUUCUGGACCCUGCUGAUAAUCCUCGGGCUGGUCUCAGCUCUGACUGGAGGUUUCCUCUUGGUCUGUGGUGUCCCCUUCAUCAGCCACAAACUCUACAAGUUAGGAGGAGCCUUCCUCAUCACUGCCGCUUGCCUGUUCCUGUUCUUGCUCCUGCUCUAUGUGCUGUGGAUGGAGGUGGUGGACGUGAAGCGCUACGUCCUGCAGGAGAGAGGAGAGGCAUGUCCAGAUGCCAAGGUUUCAGUGCUCUACGGCCUGUCAUUCAUGGUGGCGGCAGCCGGCGUGCCUCUGGAGCUCGUCUCUGGGUUGGUCUUCAUGAUGGUGGGCCGAGCGCUGCAUGCCAGCAAGUGAGCUCAUCAUCUGGCCCGAAGGAGAAGAGUGGACUGACCUUUUCAUGUCCUGCACUGGGACUCAGCAGCACACUUGUGGGAUGUAAAUACUGGCAGGAAAGAUACGACCAACAUUACAGCACCACCCUUUGGAUGUUAGGUAGCAUGCAGACAGAGACACUGCUGCUGUAGCAGUUUUCUAUCACUUUCUGUGAUUGAUUUCCACAAAAAUCACCAGUUACACAGGAAUAUUAAAACCACGAUAGUUCAGUGGUAGAGUUUAUAGGAUUAAUGUGAUAUGAUAUGGAUAUGAUACUGGCGCUAAGGAGCAGUAUAAGAUCUUUUUUUCUAAGCAAAACUCUGAAUAUAAAUAUUUCUUCCACUCCGCUGAAUCCCACUGUCAUUCUACCAUUUGCUUCUUUUAUCAAUGCUGCAAAUGAGCGGAAGGUGAGAAAUGCAUGGGUGAACCAGCUGUGUCCCCUGUCCUGGUUUUGGCACAGGAUCAGAGUAGGCUAGCUGGAGCAGAGUGAGGAGGGAGGGAGGAAUGGCUGGAUGGACUGGAAACAGAAAUGGCAGGUUUGGGUGUGGGGGUGGAGCAGGAGAGGGAUGGAUGUGGGUGUAGGGGGGAUAGAGAAAGAAUUGAUGCGUGCAGGGGGGCAACAAGGGGGCUUUGAGAAAUGAACAGAUGUCUGUGGGUUUGGUUGGUGUGCAGCGGGCCGGCCACCUGCCUCCUUCACCCCAAUCAUAUUUCACCCCCUCAUUCAAAUCCUUAUGCUUUCUGUUUUCAGCCUCACACUAUUAUGUUUCUCCAUCCCACCCUACAUGUAAAUGUUAAAUUCAGAAACCCCCAAACCCCUGCCUCUAAUAGAUGUUCUACUGACACAUAUCCAUGCACACACACACACACACACACACACACACACACACACACACACACACAAACAAUCCCCCACACCAUUCUGUCUGUUCCAAAGGGGAAACACAGACAUGUGAUUGUAUCAUAACUGCAACAAUAUUAGAUCAUCCUCCUUUUUCAUUGGGCUGAAUGGGCAGCAUGUGGAAACAAGCAAGUGGACUCUCAAUCACACAUAUCAGCUUUCAUCUGCUGUAGUGUGGAGAAGGAGUGGUGUUGGGCUGGGGGUGUGUGUGUGUGUGUUGAAUGUUUGCUUCAAAGACCUCACUGAUCAAACACACACGUUUAUGCACACACACACACACACACACACACACACACACACACACACACACACACCCCCACACACACACACACACUUGCUGAGAUCAAACUGAAACCAAUGCUAAUUAUUUAAAUAAACUGUUUAAUCCACACACAGUGCUGAUCCUAGUCCUGAUUUAUGUAAUAUAUGUAAGACUGUAAUCUAGCACCAUGCUAUAGGACAGCUGAGUUUACCACACUGCCUGUGAUGUCAGAGGACACCCUCUAACUUUGGUACUUUGCAGCUGUUCUUUUACAUGAUGGUUACUGGUAAAUGUGUGUGUGUGUGUGUGUGUGAUUAUAUGAUAUACAGUAUAUUCAGUGGUGUGUGCUUGUUAUUAGUUUUCAUAGUCGUUCACUAGGACUAGUGAGUACAGAAGCAGCUUUUUAUCAAACAUGGUGAAGGUCACCCGAUGUACAUUUGUCAAACGGUUUUCGUCCAUAAAGACUUUUCUCUUGUUAAAAGCAAUACACGAUGUUCGAAAAUAUCUCCAAUAAACCAUAAUGUAUA